AUGCUCACCUCUGACAUUGAGAACGAGCAGCAUCGCCGAGUAUUAUUGCAACGGCUAGAGAAAUUCAACACAGACAUUUGGGUCCUCGCAGAGGAGAAGCCCCAACCUACCGACACCGACUACCUUCGGAGUUCCGAGUAUCUUGCAGAGGGAGCACAACUAUUCACUGAAGGCGCACAUUUAUUUACCGAGUUAGCAACUCUUUUUAAGGAACGCACCAUUCAAAAUACCGACCUCUAUACCGCUAUGUCAAGACUCACUAAGGCCGAGUUUGACCUCGAAUCUCUUCUUUACAGCGAGACUCGAGCCGGAAGACACGAUACGAGCCAGUGCAAGACCACAACGACCACGGCAACUGCUUGGAGAGAGAAAGUGGAGAUAGUGCUCAAAGCUCUCAUGACCAGUUUCUGGCACUCUCGGUAA